AUGGAGGAGCUGAUGAAAGAUACAAUUGAUAAAGUAGAAAGAAUUGGUUUGAAUGUUGUUGUUGUCAUGUCUGAUUUGGGGAGCAACUUUCAAAGCCUGGCUAAACACCUGAAAGUUAUUCCAGAAAGGCCAUGGUUCAUGCAUAAUCAGAAAAAGUAUUACCUGAUGUUCGAUCCUCCACAUCUUAUCAAAUGCAUUCGGAACAAUCUGAUGAAAUACACUUUUAAGUUUGGGCAGUACACAGCAAAGUGGCAAGAUAUUGUGGUCUUCUACAAUAAAGAUAAAGAGUUGCCAAUUAGAGCGGCACCCAAAUUAACAGAUAAACACAUCCGGCCAAACAAUUUUGCAAAAAUGAAAGUUAAGUAUGCCACCCAAAUCUUAAGCCACACUGUAACUGCAUCUAUAUGCAUGUAUGUGAGUGUUGGAGGUCUACCAUCUUCAGCUAUGGGGACUGCAGAAUGCAUUUCAAAAUUUGACUCCUUAUUUGAUUCUGUCAAUGUCUCAACUAUCCACUCGCAAAAGUCAUUAAAAUGUGCCUUGACCCAAACCUCUCCACACCUAAGCUUUUUUGAACAAGCUAUCAGUUUUAUAAAGAGUAUAAAGAUUUUUCAGGGAGAUGAAGAAGUUACUGGCAGGAUCAAGUGCCUCAAUGGAUGGUUAGUUACCAUAAAUGCCAUUCGUCUAAUUUGGGAUCACCUUCACCAAAACCAUGGGUUUAAGUUUCUUCUAACAAGAAGGUUAAAUACUGAUCCAAUAGAAAACUUUUUUGGUACAAUUCGCCAGCAGGGUGGUAAUAGCGACAACCCAACCCCCAUCCAGUUUACACGUGCGUUCAGGAAACUGUUUUUCAGUUCAUUUUUGAAUUCAUCGCGGGGAAAUUGUAAUGAUGAUUUCGAUAACCUACUUGCACAAUUUUCCAAGGCUGACUCAAGCGUUCCUGUUUUGGUUGCUGCAUCUACAAGCCAACAAAGUGAUGAUAUCGACACAACAGAUUACAAAGAGAAGGAGGUUAGUGACAAUUUACUGAAAAAUAAUCCAAUAGCUUAUGUUGCUGGAUACUUACUCCGCAAAAGUUUCCCAAAACACAAGUGUUCUACUUGCGAAUCAGCCUUGGUCACAGACCAACUUGAAGAUAACAGGAACUUAUUAUGCUUCUUUAAAGCCUACGAAUGA